AUGAACAGUUUCGUUUUAUUCGUAUAUGGCUUAUCCUGCGGCUACGGCUUAUUGCGACCCACAGCCACCGCAACGGCCAAAUCGCCUGCCAUACAGUUAAUUGGUUCGGCUACGGAAGCGUUUGUGGCGACGGGAAGAGCAGAGACAGUGAACGAGUUGAAUCAUCUGGGAAACGAUUCAGUGCUUCAGGCGAAUAUGUUAACCCAUCGUCAUGAAAUUCAAAAACGGGGAGACAUUCAAAAGGAUGACAAAAUUUCUGAAUUGAAGAAUUUCUCAAAUGAAAUAAAUGAAGGACGUGGCAGGCAUAAACGCAGGAAAAUGAUGAAGUAUCUUCAACCAAUACUGAUUGGUUUUCUAAUAGUGAAGUUCAUAAUUUUUCCGCUCGUUUUAAAAACACUAACAGCCCUCUCGACAUCCUCAUUUGUGAUGAGUAAAAUUGCGUUAGCAAUCGCCGGACUGCUUGUGCUUAAAUGGCUGCUUUCGGGUUCCGGUGAUGGCGGUGGUUACGAUGGCGGCGCCAAAGAGCGAACACAUUUGGAAAUUGUCCAUUUACCUUUCCCAUUAACGAAAGCAUAUCACAGGGGCAAUGUAGGCGCAGGUGGAGCUGCGUUUGGAGGAUGGGAUGAUUUAGCUUCAAGUGGCAGCAACAGUGUAUUCGCUAUAAAACAUGGUAGCAAAUCGCACAAGUAUAUACCAGUGAGCAAUGUGAAGCAAAUGGCACAUGUUGUAGCAGCAGCAGCGGUCGCAGAUGCUGAGGAUAAUGGCGACGGCGGCUAUCGAAACACGCGCCCGGUAUUUGACGCCAAGCCGUUUUUGUAAAAAAGAAAAUAAAAUGUGGCACGGCAAAAAUUUCCCAACGAUUAAACAACAACUCACGACAAACAUACAAACUUAUUGCUACUGCACUCUCAAUUUAUGUGUACUUAUCGAUGUUUAUUUGCAUAAGUCAACGCGCGUGUUUAUUUAAUUAUUUAUA